AUGAGUAUAUACUUUUUCACUGGAAAAUAAAAAAAAAGUGCUUUAUUUUUAAUAUAAAUUUACUGCAGAUAUAUUAGAAUACUUAAAACUGAUUAUGUUAAAAAUUGUAAUAUGGAUUCAGCAUGUGAAAGCACCACAUCUGAAAGAAACAUCAAUGAAUCUGAAAUCAUGAAGUAUUUGAUUGGAUUUUCAGAUGAUGCAAUUGAGUUUAUCAAGGAUGGACAAACUGAAGAUGCCUUGGACGUUUUUAUAAAAUGCCAAGAGCUAAUAGAAUCAGUUAUAAACCAAGGAGAAAAUAUUGAUCCUGAUAUGAUAAUAACGAUUUCACACAACAUAGCGGUUUGCCAUCAAAAUCUAUACUCCUUUAUAUUAAUUAACCAUUUAUUUAUUCUAUUUAUUAUAAUUCAUAUUAAAUUGGCAUAAACAAUUAUGAAAAAUCUAUAGAGUCUCUAGAAAGAUCUCUCCCCAACAGAAAUUCAAUAAGAGUUCAAAAUUCUACUGACCAAUCUAUUGAAAUUCAAAUAGCCAGAAAAAUAUUUCGAGACGUUUAUCAAUGCAAAACCAAUCUUAAUUUAUGAGCUACAUCAUCAAAACUAAAAAAGCAUGAAGCUUCUUUACUUUAUGCAAGAAAAUCAGUUGGAAAUGUUUAUGAAAUUCUUCAAGACUGCUUUAAACUAUGUACCAAUUUUAUGUCAUUUAAAAUAAAUAUGUGAAAUAGGAUAGAAACAAGGAGUUUAAUUAUAUAUUUAUAAUAAAUGCUAUAUAUUAAGAUAUAAAAAAUUGCAGACUUAUAAUAAAGCUAAAGCUAUUGUGAUGAAUUCCAAUAAUGUGACAGAAAAUUAUGUUGAAGAAAAAUAUAAAGAGGUUGUAGAAAGAAGCUUCCCAGUAGUCGAUUAUUUAAAUCAAAUAAUUUUGGAAAAACUUGGAAAAAAGCAGAAAGAUGAGAGAUUAUUAAAAUCAAAUACGAGAGCAGUUGAUGGGAUACAAACCAAUGGGGACGCAAUAUUUAAUUUAACGAUUGAAGAGCUGAUUAUGCUACGUCCUAUCACUUAUCAUCAAUUUAAAGCUCCUUCUAAUUUUAUUAUAGAAAUCUCAAAGCAAAGCUUAUGCCAAAAAAUCUGUUUACUUGCUAUUUCAUACUACAGCAUUGCUACAGAGCUUUGGCAUCUUAGAGAAAAUUAUGAAAAUAAAAUUUCUGAAGGAAAAUCAUGGCAUUCAAAGUCCUUGGAAAUCGCUGAAAAGCUAAUCCCUUUCAAUUCCCCAAUUUUACGACAUAUAAAAGAAAGCUACUAUGAACGAUAUCCUCCGUCCUUGACCCAAAAUAUUUUUAUUAAAAAAGUUAAAGAUUUUUCCCAAACCAGAAUGACUGAUAAAGAAAAAAAAUUAAAAUCAGUCUAUGGCAGAUCUGCAUCAGUAAAGCCUCAUCAGACAAAUUUUUUAAAAACAAUAGAUAAAUUCCAGUCUAGAACGAAAACCCCUGCAUUAGUUACAAAACAAAACUCAAUAAAAUCUUCCAAAUCGCCAUCAAGAAAUAAAAGAAAGUCAAUUACAGAUCGCGAAAAAAAAGAUCAUAUAGUAACUAACUUCAAUAAAACAGCAAGAAAUCUUAAGGGAAUAAAAGAGUUAGGAAGCUCAGAAAAUAAAGCUUCUAAUAAAUCUACGACUAACCUUAUAAAAACUAUGAAAAUUGUCCAUAUUUCUGAUGAUUCAAGUGCAAAUUCAGAGUCAUCUUUUGAUGAAGAUUAUUUCCGAGAAAAUUUUGUGCUUACUUCUAAUGACUUAUAUGGAGUUUUUUCAGAUGAAGAAACUAAUAAUGAAAAUAAAAAGAAAAACUUAAGCAAACAGAGACUGAGGAAAAAAAACACAGAAACAUCUGAGACAAGCAAUGAAAAUGAGGUCAUGCCAGCUUUAAGACUGAUAAACCCUGAUAAAGUGAGCGCUAUGUCAAGUUCAGGUUUCCGUGGACUUGUGCAUUAA